CGUCUCCAUGGAAAUGACAAAAGUGGAUAUCAAGAAUUACCUUGAAAAAAUAUACAAUGUGCCAGUGGCUGCUGUGAGGACCAGGAUACAGUAUGGUGCAAACAACAAGAGGAAUCACAAGAAUCAGAGAGUGAAGAAGCCAGAUUACAAGGUUGCCUAUGUACAGCUGGGCCAAGGACAAACCUUUCAGUUUCCCAACCUAUUUCCAGAGAAAGAACAAGACUCAGAAACUCGCUCUUUUGAUGACUUCAAGAAUAAAUAUAUGGAAAGAGAGAAGCAGAGGCAGAAAGGUGACCCCAGACGAGGUGGAGUCCCCGAUUGGUUUGGACUUUGAUGCAACAAGCCAGCUGCCUUUCUUUAGGCUCAGAGGGAUUUUGAUCAGCAGAACUUGCACUCUUCCCUUCUUGUAAUGACCGAAUGUUUAUUCUUGAGCAGCUCUUGCUAGUGUGUCUUUUUUCCUGGCUGUUUGUGCACGACUACAACAAAAUGGCCCUAAAGAAAUAAAAAGGUAAAAUAAA